AUGGCAUCUGGAGAGGGAAAAGCAGCUAAAAACGUGUUCUCUUGCAUCGACGCAAUAUUAGAAGAGCUUGAAAGAGAAAGUGAUGCUGGAUCGUGUAGCGAUGCUAGUUGUGACUCUGAAGUGGAAGUCGCUUUUCUUGAGGGAGAAGACCCUGCGUUUGACGGCCAAGACGCAUCUGAACUAAACAUAGAUGGGCCUGAGACCCCCACACCCACCCUUCCUUCACAACAUCCACAUGCUGUGCGACAGCAGAGGAGAGCACAGGGGACCAAGAGAUCUGCCAGUGUUGUGUUUGGUGACCCAGAUUUUGAUGAUGCAGAUUCUAAUGAGGAAUAUGAGGCACCAGAGAGGGCUCAGACUUCCAGGAGGAAGACCAGAGGAAAGUCUUCUACACAGGGGACAAAAUAUCCAGACGAGGCACUAAAGUGGAAUGAUCUAAAUGUGGAGGAUGUAGAUCCUGUUCUGCCACCUUUCCAGCCAAAGAGAAUUCCAGGACCACAGCUGGCUGUGGACAGGUCGUAUUCACCGCUGCAACUGUUCCAGCUCUUUUUUACGAUCUCUGUUUUAGAGACCAUUGUUAAAAAUACAAAUAGCUAUGGUGCAAUGAGAUCUUCGGCAGGAAAGAAAUUCCACUGGGUGCCUCUGACCGUUUCUGAGUUCCUUGCAUACAUCUCUCUCGUUCUCUACAUGGGUCUUGUGAAGGUGAAGACCUAUGUUGAUUACUGGGCUAAGAAACCUAUCUACAGUUUUCCGUACCCACAGUCAGUGAUGUCCAGAUGCAGAUUUCUGGCCAUCUCAUGGAAUCUCCAUCUGUGCAACCUAGAAGAGGAUCUGCAAAACUUGCGGAAAAGAGGAACCCCUGAUUACGACAAACUAUUCAAAAUUAAGCCACUUUACUCUGACAUACUGACAUCAUGCAUGACGUACUUUCAACCAGGUCGACGAGUGUCAGUGGAUGAAAGGAUGGUGGCUUCCAAAGCACGUGUAGGAUUUAAACAGUACAUGAAGGACAAGCCUACUAAGUGGGGCUUCAAACUCUUUGUCCUUGCCGACUCAACAUGUGGGUACACUUGGAACUUCUUUGUGUACGAAGCGAUAGAUUGGGCUGCAGCAGUCUGGGAAACAGAUCGUCGGUUUCGUACCUCCUAUGAGUAUUUUGUUCAACAGUUACGUGAUGUGUUUGAAUAUCCCGCUGAGGGCAAGGAUAUAUCUACACAAUUGCUUCAUGUGUCUCAAGGCAACCGCACUGCUGCAGAUUACGCUAUCGAGUUUAGAACGCUUGCUGCUCAAAGUGGUUGGAAUGACAUCUCGUUAAAGGCUGUAUUUCGACAAAGCUUGGACCUUGACCUACAGACUGAAUUGGCUUGCAAGGGUGAAAACUGUUCAUUUAGUGAAUAUAUAACUCUCGCUAUUAAAAUCGAUAACCUUAUGAGGAAUGCUCCCAAGAGAAAAAUUGUCCAGCCAUCACAGGCCAGCACUCCAGUCACGCACCAACUCUGCCAUGUUUCUCAACCUACUUCAAUGCCUAGCCAGGAGCCCCUGCAAAUGGGUUUUUCGAGACUCACUGAAGAGGAGAGAAUUCGAUGA